AUGGCGCAAUCAAUGGCGCCGGCCUACACGGACCCUGCUCGAACGCAGAUUCUUACUGAUCUUGCCACCACCUUCGAAAAACUCUAUGAAUCAUCAGCACCCAAUCAAGGAAAAAAGAAUACCCUCACUACAAAAGAAGCCGUCAUGGAGAAAUACAAACACGUACACGAACAAGAGACCAAAUACUAUUCAUCAGAAGGAGCCCUUCGCUUCGUUCUGACUGACCCUUAUGAGCCAGCAAAUCCGUGUUUUCCAAUCGAGAAACUGAGGAAAAUCCAAGUCAGGGAUCUUAUUGUAGGCAAGCACCACAAGAGUGCCUACAUCAAGAUCAAGCUGGUCUCAAUUGCUCAACGUCACGAGUGUGCUGUCGACGUGAUGUUUGAAGAUGAGGGUGGGACUUACGGAGCUCUGAGAGUCUAUUUCCUCGAGGAAGAGACCGAUCCUUGGGAUCAUUUACCCAAGGGCAACUUGCUUAUCAUCCGAGAUCCAUAUUUCUGGGAUAGUGGCGAUGGAGCUAUGUUCGUGAGAGUUGACCAUCAUUCGGACAUGCAAUUCAUUCACUCUUGGGACACAGCAACGGAAAAACAUGUUCCGGCAAUUUGGAAGCAUAGUGUUCCUCUCGAGGAGAUGACGGCAAGCCAGUUGGUCGGACUGGCAGAGCUGUUUCAUGAAGACGGAGAAUUCCAGGCGGCUUUGGAGAAAUACAAUUGGGCGGAGCAACGAAUCAUCAAGAAGAUAGGGCCUGGGGCUUGUCAGGAUGUCUUACGACGGCUCUACAUCGGCCGCGCAGACACUAAUGUUAAGCUUCGACGUCAUUACGCGACCGUGAAGGAUAUCGAAGCUUAUCUAAAGCUCUCUCCAGACGACCCAGAGGCGCUACACCUCCGGGCUUUACGGUACUACUACACCGGGAAGUACGAACUUUGCCAAGAAGAGGUCGGCAAACUUCUAGAGAAGCACCCGAAGCAAAUAACCUAUCUUCAUUUAGGACGGCGAGCUAAAGAGCGCUACGAGGAAGUGAAAUUCGGAAAAUACAACUGGAAGGCGAUGCGGCAGAAGGCAGCCAAGCUCGAGUAUAACCUUGAUCACGCGGAAUUUAGCCAUCCAGUCAAGCUCAAGAAGACCCCUAACGGCCGAAGAAUCUUCACUACAAGAGAUAUAAAGCGUGGAGAUAUUUUAAUGGUGUCCAAGGCUAUUGCCAUUACAGGGUUUGAAGAUGCCAACGCGUGUAUUCAAAUAGCUCCUCGCAACGGAAAAUUCGAGUGCGAGUAUGGAUGCUCUGCAGCCUUCGACAUAGAGAUACUAGAGCGCAUCAAAAGAGAGGGCUCAGAAUGGUAUGAGAAAACAUUAUGUCUUAUGGAUGAAGGUGGCUACUUCCCUGCUCCACACAGAUAUCCGGACGGUACAAAGGCCGUCGAUACCUUUCAUAUCGAAGCCAUCCGACGCAAAAAUUCUAUGAUUAUCAGUAACCUUCCACUGCUUCAACAUAGGUCGACAGGGUACAUGGUUCACACUCCUUCCCAUAUACCACGAAAUAUUCAUUAUAAUUGUGGAAUGUGGUUUCUCCCAUCGUUUCUCCGCCACAGUUGUAUACCGAAUGCCCAUCGUUCUGCCAUCGGAGAAAUGCUCAUUGUCCGUGCGGGUAAGGAUAUACCGAAGGAUACCAAGGUCACCAUCAAUUGCUCUACUCCUUCGAAUUGGGAGUUCCCUAUGACUGAAUUCGUCUGUACUUGCCCGGUUCAUACCCAUGACUUCAUUCUAUCUGGAGACCCAAAUGAUCCGGAAAACGUUACGAAAUUGAAAGCGUCAAUUUGGCGCGAGUUCAACAAUAAGUGCCAAUACAUCGAAAAGGCGAAAACGAAUCCUGAAAAAUGGAUGAAAAUCAACCUCCUGGAAUUGCUUUCAUCUAUGUCCGAUUGUUUGGACAAGGCCCGGCCUUCGAUCCCAUCGCCAAAUGAGAUUCCACAAGUCCAGCUUGCUCAUAGACACCGAUACAUUGCGGCCGCUUACUACGGCGCUGGGCAACGACGCCACGCUCGUUGUGCGUGCUACAAAGUUCUGGACUCUCUUGGAGUUGGUUACAUAGUCCUUGAACAGUUUGAUCGAGUCGUCUGGAAAAAUCAUGGACAGUGCACCGAUGAUCUCCUACAUACAUACAACGACUUGUCAGCAAUGGCCAAGACUCCGGGGAUGAAAAAGUGCUGGCGUGAUGCUGCUAUCGACACAUACGAAAUUUUAUGUGGCGAACGAUAUUCAUUUGACGCGGUCAUGCCUAAGGUUCCGUUUGUUGAAUUACAGGAUAAAUGUCAAUGUGUUGGAAUCGAUAAUUUGAUGGAUGCGACUGAAGCGCAAAUGAGAAAGAGGAUGGGAGUUGAUCCUAAGAAAGAGGAGGAGGUCCGAAGUACUGUUGACGGAUUGGCAAUUAUGCAGAUAAUGAACGAUGGGGCGGCAAGGGCCUGGAAAAAUAUGCAGGAAAGAAAGAAAAAGGAGCAGGUUAUUGGAGCAGAGGCUAUGGCGGAAAUAAUCAUGAAACGCGAGAAAGAUAGGGAAGUGAUUAAGAAAAGAGAGGAAGCGGAAGCGGAAGCAGAGGAAAAGAGGUUGAAAAGGGAGAAGGAGAAUGAAAAGAGUGCCGGGCCAAUGAGGAAGAAAUAA